AUGGUGCUAGUGCGGAGUAUCAGAGAUCAGAGAAAGUCCUCGCAAUCAACACAAUUCUUGGCCAAUCAAAGAAGAAUAACAAUUAGUGUGAUUUCUUUCAUGACAGCCGAUAUAGUUGGAAUCGGUCUUCCCAUCAUCUGUCUAGUUGCUUGUGGGUGUUUUGGUAUAGGAACUACAGUCGUUUUCCAAUGUGUAAUGAUAAGCAUGUGCUUGUACCCUGCAUUUGGAUCGUAUUUCGUCUUGAUGUCCAACACCGAGUACAGGAAUAGGAUUAACUCCAUUUUCAGGAGAGGCCAGAAGGAUGCAAAAAGUGGAGUAUGUGUCUGUGGUUGUGGACGUGGCUGCCUCGCUCACACGACUCCAAAGUUCCAUUUAGCGUCAACUGCCAACCUACUUCUUCUGUGGAAGCCUCAGGUUAUCUAA